AUGAACAGGCUAUGGCUUAGAUUCAAGCUCUGGGUAAUGCACAUGCCAAAUCUAAGCCUAAAGCUCACGGCAAGGCUCAAGCUCAGGCUAAGGCUCUAGCUCAAGCUCACUGGCUCAGACACAAGCUCGUGCUCAAACUCAUGCUUAUGCUCAGGCUAAGACACAUAUUCAGGCUUCAAUUCCGGCUAAGGUUAAAACCAAAAAAAAUUUUCAAAAAGGCAACUUUGACCCCUUAAUUUUUCUAAAACUAUUUUUAAAGUUCGAACUUUCUGCUUAAUUUUUCAAGUUUAAAAAUUUUAAAGAUUGAUUUUUUAGGCCAAUCAGGCAGCAGCCAUGAUGGCCUCAUACCAAGCCAAUCCGAACCAAUUAGACCCAGAUACGGCCAAUGAUCUAAUACGAAAGGCCAAGAACGAUGGCCAAACCGUGUCAGUGGUAAAUGGUUGUCUCUACUUGGACUACAAAUUCGCUGGAUUCAUGCCCCCUUCAUGA